UGCACGGGCAACAAGUGUGCCGAAAAAAAUAAUAUCAAAUUAACAAAACACAAAAAAUACCUGGAACAAAUCUAAUACUUAAUAACAUUUCCGAGUGCAAUACAUCUAUUUUGCUUUUGUUUUGUGCUCAACUUUUUUUUUCAUUCUCAUUUUUACUCUACUAACAAACAAGCUCAUCUAAUCACUAUGGGCAUUGCAUUGAUGUUUCUAUUGGCUCUCUAUCAGAUGCAAUCGGCCAUUCAUAGUGAGGUAAUUGAGACACCGUAUAAUGCAAAUGCCUUGAUUUCGGAGCCCGAAGAGGACACACAGGAUACGCAAGUUCCUGUUUUGGCGGAUAACGGACUAAUCGAUUCUCUGCUCAAUGAGAAACCGGAACAAACUGAGCUAGAGUUUCGUUAUCCCAUAUCGGCUAUUGGCAUUGAUUAUGGCAAGAAUUCGGUAGUUUUGCGUUUCCAAAAAAAUGCACGAAAGCAACGCUAUAAGUUUGAUCCUGAGAUGGAAGCGAAACGUAGAUCCUUGCAGGAUAAUUUCAUGCAUUUUGGCAAGCGUCAACCGGAGCAAUUGCCACUGGAGCCGCAGGGCAAUGCUUACUAUGAACCAGAAACGAAACGCUCACCAAUGGACCGCUAUGGACGAGAUCCCAAGCAGGACUUUAUGCGUUUUGGUCGAGAUCCCAAACAGGAUUUCAUGCGAUUUGGUCGAGAUCCCAAACAGGAUUUCAUGCGUUUCGGCCGAGAUCCUAAGGAUUUUAUGCGAUUCGGUAGAACCCCCUCCGAUUUCAUGCGAUUUGGCAGGACCCCCUCGGAUUUUAUGCGCUUCGGGCGUGCUGACAAUUUCAUGCGCUUUGGCCGCAGUCCACACGAAGAAUUGCGUAGUCCCAAACAGGAUUUCAUGAGAUUUGGACGACCCGACAACUUUAUGCGUUUUGGCCGCUCUGCUCCACCAGAUUUCGAGCAAUUUGGUAAAAUGGAUUCAAAUUUUAUAAGAUUUGGUAAAAGUGUCAAUGCUGCUGCUCCUGCAGUUACUCCCGAAGCAAAUCAGACAAAAUCACAAUCUCAAACCAAGGACAAGACGGGUAAUCCCAUGAACAAGGCCAUGAGCAUGUUAUUUACCAAAGAACAACCCUCCAAGAGCAGCGAACAGACAGCAACAGGCUCCGGUGAUAACUCCGACGAUACCAGCGUGGAACAGUUCUACGGACCAUAAAGGACUACCAAAGUUUGGCAUUAUGUAAAUAGGAUAUUGAACAAAAAUUGAUAUACGUACUUUGAUCCACCCACCCACCUCCACAUCCCCCCAUCGCUCUAUCACUCUCCGGUCUAAAACGAAUCUUUGAAUUUUUAAUGGGGCUGGAUUAAAAAUUCACCAAGCUUUUGAUCUGAUCAAAUAAAAUUAAAAACCAAAUUAAGAAAAAACACAAAAAAAUCAAGCGAAAAUUUAAUCUACAUGCAAUAUAUGUUUUGCAUACACACACACACACAAACCAAAGAAAACCAAACCAAAAAAAAAUUAAAAAUGGGAAUUAUAAAUUUAUAUGUAAAGUAUAUUUAGUGUAAAAUGCAUUGAAACGUUGUGAAAAUUUUCGCCAAAAUA